AAAAAGAGUCCGUGUUUUAUUCAUGGGAGUUGUGUGCUAGUCCUGCUAGCAGGUGAAAGGCAGAGAAGAUGAUGGAAGAGAGUGGGAUAGAGACUACGCCUCCCACCACCCCUACUCCUCCACCUCCUCAGAGUGUGGCAGCCACAGUCAGUCCUCCACCAGCGACUGCAGGUCUCUCCAGCCCUUUGUCCCUCCCCGAUACCAGCUCCAUUUCCACUGGUUCCCCUUCCAUGUCCUCUGCCCUCCCCACUCACCCCUCCCUCCCACCGUUCAGCAGCCCUCUGGCCCCGCCUCCCUCUCUGUCCUCCCAGUUCCCCCCUCCCUCCACUCUCUCCGCCCAUUUUAGCAGCAGCUCCCCAUUUCCCCCAGCCGCCUCCCCCUCUGUCUCCCCCCUGGCCUCCUCCAUCAGACCGGGUCCUCCCUCUGUUCCUGCCAUGGUAGCGCCCCCUGUAGGUCCACCUGUAACCAGCUUCUCAAUGAGUGCAGGAUAUGACAUCACACGUGGCCAUGCUGGGCGAACGCCACAGACACCACUGAUGCCGACAUUCUCCAGUCCCACUCCAGUACCAGGAGUGGUGUCCAACCCCAUGGUUCAGCAGCCAGUCAUGACAGGAGGACUGGAUACCGGAUCUCCCAUCACAUUCCCAGAGGAGCGUGAAGAUCCCAGAGUGUCCGGAGAUGGCACCACUGGAGGAGGCAUCUGGGGUUUCUUCAAGGGUGUAGCAGGGAAUCCCGUUGUCAAGACUGUCCUGGACAAAACCAAGCACUCAGUGGAGUCCAUGAUCACCACUCUGGACCCGGGCAUGGCUCCAUACAUCAAGUCUGGGGGGGACAUUGACAUAGUGGUGGCCUCAGAUAAGGAGACAAACGUGGAGGCGGUCAGAGAUGCCUUUCAGGAGGUAUUUGGGAUGGCCAUGGUGACCGGAGAGCCUGGUCAGUCCAAUAUCGCCCCGCAGCCCGUUGGCUACGCAGCAGGGGUUAAGGGGGCUCAGGAGCGUAUCGACAGCCUCCGACGGGCUGGUGUCAUCCAUGAGAAACAGCCUGUGGUCUCUUUGGAAAACUUCAUCGCUGAACUUUUUCCUGACAAGUGGUUUGAUAUCGGCUGCUUGAUCCUGGAGGAUCCUGGUCAGAGCAUCCACAUCGAGGUCUUCACUCAAGCUACUCCUCUGGCUCUGGAGCAUGUCCAGCAGGCUCAGUCUCUGACGCCUCCUGACUACAGUCUGCGCUGGUCCGGUCUCAUUGUCACAGUUGGGGAAGUCCUGGAGCGCAGCCUCCCAAACAUCAACCGGACAGACUGGCAUCAGGCCAUGACGGGCAUGAUGCAACGCCAGAUGAUCCAAAGUGCUGCCAAAGCUCUGGCCGGAAUCUACAAACAGCAGCUGCCCCCCCGGACUGUGUGAGGCUGCACUCGGUCCAGUUUCUUUCACCUACUGGGAGGAGGAGGAGGAUGGGGCUGCCAGUUGGAAAAACAUUCAGAUGAAGGGACCUACAGCCGUUUUUGGCCGACCCAUUUAUCCUCAGAAGGAAAAGCCAAAUGCACAUAGUGUUGGAGUCCUAGAUGUUUGUGCUCACAGAUGUUUAACAUGUCGACAGAUUUUACUGAAACACAUCCGAUGAAUAAAUCUGUCCGAAAACUUUAAACCAGCUUAGACAUCAAGAAUAACUCAACCAUUCAAUGAUCAUCUCUGCUAUGGAGUACAUUUCCUGCCAAAACCUAACAAACAAACAAAACAUAUACACUUGCAUAACAUAUUGUAAUGCAUCAUCCUUCAGAAACAAUUUACCGUCUUCUUACAACGAUAAACAAGACUCUGUCCUCCACGACAGCAGGUGGCGCUGUGAGUCCUUUUAAAGCCUAAAUCCUCUGAUAAAUAAUACACUCAAGUUUAUUUUCAGAUGUGAUAAAAACUAGAUAUUACCCAUUUUUCUGCGUUCUACAUCGAUCCCUGCAUAGACUGAUCCUUCAGCAGACGUUACUUUGUAGCAGCUGAGAUUAACAUGUCCUCGUUCAGUCAGAUAAAUGUUACAUGUAUUAGAUUCGCACUGUUCAGCUGUUGUCACAUGUUUUUAUGUAUUUGUGGUUUAUAUAAUUUGUAGUUGUUUCAAAGGAAUAUUGUAUUAGCAUUAUGUUUGUUAGUGAAUCACAGGGCAUUUCAAAAACAUGUUUUGCUUGGUUGUUUAAGCCUCUGGAAACCUAAACACAAUAGCCUUUAAUUAUUAAUAUAAGAUUAUGUACAUGGAAGUAAACAUAGAAGCAUAAACAGGUAAAGUACCGCCCAUUCCACCAUGCCCCAUGGGACAUGACUUCAGGAAAAGUAAGAAUGGUGAUCAGUGAUUAGAGAACUGUCACCAUUUACACGUUUAUCAGUUGAAAAGAUAAUUGUACAAAUUCAGAGAGUCAUAGUUUGUGUAAAAUAGUAAAGCAACUUCUGGUUUUUGUAUGAAACGGCAUCAGAGACACCAAAACAGCCAAUACUUCGACGAAUUUAAUUUCACCCCAAAUAAGAUGAAACUAAAGGGUGUAAAAAGUUAGUGCAAGUCUACGUUGACAUCUUUAGCUGCAUUGAACAGUUAUAUACAGUUUCUAUGGUUAUAUUUCCAUCACUUAUACAAUGUUUCUGUGUCGUCUUUUUAUUUUUUCAGUCUGAUACAGUUUUACAAUAAGCGGACUGUUUUCUGAAGGGGCAGUGCUUCACCACCGUAUUACUUGUUAGUUUCCACCCAAAUUCAUUGUCGUAAACUUUCUGAAACUGGUUUCUGAAUUGAUUGUGAUUAUGCUGCAGAUUUAUCAUGCAAUUAAUUCCACAAACCAAUCGUAAAAUAUAUUCGCACUCUGUUGUCUCAUCCUAUUCAGAUAAAUUGAGCUUCUAUCUCCGUCCCAUCAUGCCUUGCUCUCCUCGGUUGCACAUCCACAGCAACUUAGAUCGUAAUCAUAGUGAAACAAUCGGAAAAUAAUGUGAUUCUCAGAUGUCAUGACUUGUUCUUACUAACGCUGCUCGCUCUCUUCAUCCAUUUUCUACCUCGCUCGCCCACGCGGCUUACUUGCAUUUUUACUCUUUAAAGCCAAAUUUCCUGAAGCUUUAAGUUUUGGCAGGAAAUAAUCUCCAUACUCUUAAUGCUCUUUAAAAGAUGGCUGCACAUCUUUAUGUUCACAUUGACACCUUAAACGCAGAUUGUGCAAAUCUUUAGUUGUUGUUUUUUUUUUUCGUUAUUGAAUGAACUUGUAGAGGCUUCACACGCCCCAGUUGAAUUCUAUACUGUAACACUGUUAAUUCUUUGUACCUUUGUGGCAGUGCAUUAUUGUAUGUGUUUUGAAAAGAAGCGACAGCCCUUCUGUUUGUACUAACAGGAAAUAACCUGCCUCAUUAUCACCCGGAGGCAAAUCUGCACUUGAUGAUUUACUGUGUAUCCGAUGCUUGUGUCCAGUGUCCGUUCAGGAUCCACCAGGCCUUUAUGAAGGGAGACCAAGGAUUGUGAAAAUGUUGUCAUUGGACUUAAAAGUAUGUUAACAUUUAAAGUAAUCAGACGUUU